AUGGAUGAUUCACUUUAUGACGAAUUUGGUAAUUAUCUCGGUCCAGAUCUUGAGGAUGAAGAGGACUUAGAAGAAGAAAUUGAGGAGGAAGAAGAAAGGGAGGAAGAACACCUUUCAGAUGCAAUGGAAGAAGACCAAGCAGAAGUAGAAGAAGAAGAAGAAGAAGCCUCUAUGCAAGUUGACACUAUUCCCGCUAAUCAAAUAGUACUACACGAAGACAAAAAAUAUUACCCUUCAGCUGAUGAAGUAUAUGGUGAAGAGGUAGAAACUUUAGUUCAAGAAGAAGAUACACAGCCUCUGUCCGAACCGAUUAUUGCACCUAUCAAAGUGAGAAAGUUCAAUGUCACUGAAACAGAUCUACCCACAACUCAUUACAGCAAAGAAUUCAUGGCAGAUUUAAUGAAUCACCCGAACCUUGUUAGAAAUAUUGCCAUUGUAGGCCAUUUACACCAUGGCAAGACGUCCUUUGUCGAUAUGCUUAUUUCAGAAACACAUGAUAUCCCUAUUAACGUGGAUCAACCUGAGCGUUAUACUGAUACACAUAUAUUGGAGCGGGAAAGAGGGCUCUCAUUGAAGAGUAUGCCAGUCAGUUUAGUCAUGCAAGAUAUCAGAGAAAAGUCUUAUUUGCUCAAUAUUCUGGAUACACCAGGACAUACAAACUUUAUUGAUGAAGUUGUUGCAGCAACACGUUUAGCUGAUGGUGUUGUUAUUAUUGUCGAUGUGGUAGAAGGUGUUAUGGUCAACACCGAACAAAUUAUUAAACAUUGUGUCCGUGAAGGGCUUGCAAUGACUUUGGUCGUGAAUAAAGUAGAUCGUUUAAUCCUGGAAUUGAAGAUACCACCAGCCGAUGCCUAUUUUAAGUUACGCCAUACCAUUGAAGAAGUGAACACAAUCAUCCGUUCUGUUCCUGGCGGAGAAAAUGUUCGACUUUCACCUGAAUUAGGCAAUGUAUGCUUCGCUUCUAGCCAAACGGCUUGGGUUUUCUCACUUAAAUCAUUUGCUAAACUCUAUGCUGAUUCCUAUGAAGCUGAUAUUGAUGUCAAUGAUUUUGCCAAACGUCUUUGGGGCGACGUCUAUUUUAAUCCGGAACGUGGAUCUUUCCACCGUAAAUCGCAGGAUGGCUCACUCAAACGCACAUUUGUUCACUUUAUUCUUGAACCGCUCUAUAAGAUUUAUGCUCAAGUGAUUGGCGAGGAUAAAGAAACAUUGAAAAGCACACUCAGAACGUUGAGCAUUCAGUUGAAAGCGAAGGAUUACGAUUUAAAUGUGAAGCCAUUGCUACAUUUGGUGUUAUCACAAUUCUUUGGCCUAUCAAAUGCUUUCACGGACAUGGUAGCCAAUCAUAUUCCUUCACCUAAAGAAAAUGCAGCCAACAAAGUAGAGAGAUUAUACACGGGCCCAAUAGACACAGAUACAGCGAAAGCGAUGAUACAGUGUAAUGCGGACGGUCCACUUAUGAUUCAUGUCACCAAACUGUACAACAAUGAAUUUAGUACUGAAUUUUAUGCAUUUGGUAGAGUCUUCAGCGGUAGUAUAAAAGCUGGACAGAUUGUACGUGUUUUGGGUGAAGGAUACUCGAUUGAUGAUGAGGAGGAUAUGACAAUGCAGAAGGUGGAAAAUACAUGGAUAUAUGAAUCUCGGUAUCGCGUUGAAGUUGAGGGCGUUCCCGCUGGUGGUUGGGUCCUCAUGAGUGGUGUCGAUAGUUCCAUCAUCAAAACGGCUACCAUUGUGGAACAAAAAUCGAAAGAAGAUGCUUAUAUCUUCAAGCCUUUACGUUUUCCUACUGCUGCUACACUUAAAGUUGCCAUUGAACCUGUCAAUCCAUCUGAACUUCCCAAGAUGUUGGAUGGUCUACGUAAAAUCAAUAAGAGCUAUUCUAUCGUCACUACCAAAGUGGAAGAAUCUGGUGAGCAUAUUGUUUUAGGUACUGGUGAACUGUAUUUGGAUUGUGUUUUGCAUGAUCUUCGUCGCAUGUAUGCCGAAAUAGAACUGAAAGUUUCGGACCCAGUCGUGCGAUUUUGCGAAACUGUUGUGGAGACGUCAGCAUUGAAGUGUUUUGCCGAAACACCCAACAAGAAGAAUAAACUCACCUUUAUUGCCGAACCAUUAGAAAAAGAAAUUGCACAAGAGAUAGAAAAUGGAGAUAUCAGCAUGAAAUGGCCCAAGGGAAAAUUAGGCAAACAUUUAGAAACAAAGCACGGAUGGGAUGUUCUGGCAUCCCGCUCUGUGUGGGCAUUUGGACCUGACAAUAUGGGACCUAAUUUACUCAUGGAUGAUACACUACCUUCGGAAGUGGAUAAAAAACUAUUGUAUUCUGUUAAAGAUUCAAUUCGACAAGGUUUCCAAUGGGGCACAAGAGAAGGCCCGCUUUGUGACGAACCUAUUCGUAAUGUCAAGUUCAAAAUUUUAGAUGCUUCUCUGGCGAAUGAACCCAUAUAUAGAGGCGGUGGCCAAAUUAUUCCCACUGCUCGUCGUGUUUGCUAUUCAUCUUUCUUGACUGCUACACCUCGUUUAAUGGAACCUGUAUACUACGUAGAAAUUCAAGCACCAGCUGAUUGUGUCUCUGCAGUUUAUGCCGUCUUGCAACGACGAAGAGGUCAUGUGACUCAAGAUAUUCCUAAGGCUGGCUCACCACUAUAUACAGUCAAGGCAUACAUCCCUGUGAUUGACUCUUGCGGUUUUGAAACUGAUCUCAGAACACAUACAGAAGGACAAGCAUUUUGUCAACAAAUCUUCGAUCAUUGGCAAAUUGUGCCAGGUGAUCCUUUGGAUACAAAUCUUAUUCUUCGACCUUUAGAAACCAGCACAGGCAAUUACUUAGCUAGAGACUUUAUGGUGAAAACAAGAAGAAGAAAGGGCCUUUCGGAGGAUGUUAGUAUAAAUAAGUAUUUCGAUGACCCCAUGUUAUUAGCAUUAGCUCAAACAGAUGUUUUGGGUGGCAUUUAUGAGUAG